AUGAUUCAUAAAAGUCUUAAAUAAAGAAAGGUUUUUAAUAUCAAAAUAUGAAAAUAUUUGAUAAGAAGGUCUUGCUUUUUUUAUUGGGCUUCGACGCUGAAAGCACCCACCGGAAGUGGGGUUGUGUUGGUUGGGGGCUUCACGGGGAGCCCCUCCCUGUCUGUGUUCAGUCGGUUUUAUUCCAGCAGCUCAAAGAUGUGACUUCAGUCUGCGCCCUCCGCCCCCCUCCAGCUCAGAGCGGCUGCGGAGGAUCCAGGCAUUCUAACCCACCUCAGCAUGAUGACUUCUGUCCAGAUUUUGAGAUUGCCAGUGGGACGACUGUAAGAACCGACUGCCAGAAUGCCAUGUGUAUGAGGCCUCAGAGGUGGAAAUGUGGACCCCGGGGGCAUGUUGACAGCCGGCCAGUAUGACUCUGCUGGACUUGUGGCUGUCGCGCUCCAUCCCCAUGUGCCUGCUCCUGCAGAGCCUUGUUCUUAUGACCCUGUGCUUCCCCUCAGCCAGCAUGUGUCCCAAAGGCUGCAUUUGCCAACGCGAUCCCCACCUCCAUGGCCUCAAUGUCACCUGCAGUCAGUCCCGCCUCAAAGAGAUUCCCCCAAGUCUGCCUGUGGACACCGUCUUGCUAAAGUUGGACCACAACCAGAUUGGCACCAUUCCGGACCAAGCCUUCCGAGGACUGCGGCUCUUGAGGGAGCUGAACCUGUCUUACAAUGCCGUGGAGAAUUUGGGGGAGGGAGCCUUCAGCGGCAUUGAGGGGACUCUGCAGGUGCUGGACCUUUCCCACAACCGAAUCACAAGCGUUCACAAGGAUGCCUUUGCUCGGCUGAAGGCACGCAUCAUUGUGGACGAUAACCCGUGGCAUUGUGACUGCGCCCUCCAACAGGCAAUUGGUGGAAUGGCACACAACCACGAGGCUGCCGCCCGUGUUCUGUGCAGGAGCUCUGAGCUCCUGGACCAGGAGGGGCGGCCAUUCCUUGCUGUUGACACUGACCUGUGUAACCUGGCCAAAAGGACCACAGAUUAUGCCAUGCUGGUGACGAUGUUUGGCUGGUUUGCCAUGGUCAUCUCAUAUGUGGUGUACUACGUUCGUCAAAACCAGGAGGAUGCUCGGCGCCACCUGGAGUACCUCAAGUCCCUGCCCAGCAAGCCCAAGAAACCUGAUGAGGCAGAUGACAUCAGCACGGUUGUGUGAUCACCACACAGAUUUGUCAGAACCAAUCCGGGCUCACAGAGUUUACCACUCCAGCAUUGUAGUUUUUGCGAGAGUUUGUAUGUCCACUGUCCUCCUCCAGGGGGCUAUUGUUAAAAAUGUAUGAGUGCGGGGGGAGGGUGGGAGGUGAUGGAGUUUUACAAAUUAGUAUCUCAGGUUUUAGUCCUCACAAGGCUUUUUAAAGUCAAAAUUUGGAUAUAAGUUUUGGGUCAGAAUCUCUCCAAUUUUCCUCAACGCCCUUAUUGGGAAAGUCACUGCCGAGAAUAUUCUGGAUCCAUGCAUGCAAAUGGAGACUUUCUGUAUUAGUGUUGUUUAUGAGGUGGAAUGUAAGGAGCUUUGCUCCCUGUCUUUAGGUUACAGUGGCUGAAUUCACCUGAAAGCAUUUAGACAGCAGAUAGAAUGAGUUUUAGGCCACAUUUCUUUGCCUGGUGGUUUUCUUUUUGCGUUAUUUCUUAAUAACUCAUAUGUAGCAUAUUUCCAUUCCGCCUUUGAUAGUUACUCUGACCGAGCAGAGAGGCGUGUUUGUCAGCACAUAUUUACACCUAAAUACUUUAAGAAAAUCCUUUGAGGCACUCAAAGCACUUCGACUCCUAGUGAGGCUUCAAUGUUUACUUGAAAUUAUUUGAUCUGUUUACAAAACACGUGGAUUUACAUUUAAUUUACUGUAGAAUAUGACACACACAAACGCGCACACAGACACACACACUCACUCACUCACACACAAAAAGCAGAUCAAAAGUCUUCUUAAACUUCUUGAAAUUUUCCUGAAACAAUUGAUUCAGCUCCUACAAAGAGGGGCAGUUGUGUUUGUGUUGAUGCUGUAUGUAGCAGUUCGUUGGGAGAUCAGCAUGUCUGGAUUUUGAUGUUUUGUCUCUGUAGUCAUGUGUGAAUCCAACGUCCCUCCGGAUGAUGGUUUUAAAAUGACAACACGACAACAGGAGUUUCUGUCUGUGGAAAUCAGCCGAGGCAAAUUUAGUCUAGAGGUCAAACUUCUGAAGCUGCUUUCCGUCUUCAAGAGUUCCAGUACAUGCUUCAGUGGGUUGAUAGUGAUCGAAGGAGAUCAGCAGAUAAAAAAGCUUUUUUCAGGGUUUUUUUAUGGGCGUUCGGUAGAGAGUGUUAGGUAGAUGGAAGGCGGAAGGUGUAGCCAGGCAUGGUCGCAACAAAGGUGUUCCUUUUCAAUCUGAAUGUCUACCUUCAGAGCAGCUUCAUGCCUUCAUCAUCGUGUGAACGCUGUUGCCAAUGUCUUCCACAGGAGACGGGUACAAAUGAGAGCCAGCUUCCAUGCACAUGAACACUGCUGCAUGUCAGGCCUACCCCCACCCCACACUGUGUCUGUGUUUCAAUCAGCUGUGCCUAUAGCACUAAUCUACCACUGCCAAAGUCUAAGGAUCAAGGUUCAGGUGCAUUUUUGUGUAACAUUUUCUCCAGAAUGAAAGUCAGUUUGAUCUCUUCAUCGCUAACUGCAGUUAUUUGCACCGAGCCUGUUCAGGGUGAUUAUUCUGUCUAGCUGAACUGCAGAGAAAGUUUAGGGAUCAAUUUAGUCCAGAACAGCAGAAACCUAUUCAGGCCGUAAGUCUUCUUUGCCUUUUAGCUGCUCAUCUGCUUCCAUCUUUCCUCUGCAUCCUCCUCACCCACUCCAACCCCCCUCAUGUCCUCCUUGACUAUGACCUAUGAACCUCUUGGGUCUUUUUCCUGAUAGUUUCAACCUCAGUAUCACUUUAAAAACAUUAUAACAGUUACUUCUCUCAAAGUGUCCAAACCAUUUCAACCUCUGUCCCUCUAAUUAUCUCCAAAACAUCUGACACAACCUAGUCAGGUGUGAUAAUGGAUCAGGGUUUUUUUUUGUUUCUGAACAUAUUUUUGGUGUUUCCAUUUUAGAUCUCGUUGAGGAUGGGGGGGGCUGGCACAAAGGUUUGAUUCACCUCCCACAGGGGUUGCUGUUUCUUCCUAUAAUGAACCUGCUGGAAUCUUUUCACCUCUCAUCUUUAUGUCCCGACAGCUGUGCUGUUUUCUGGCUUCUGACCUCCCUCUGUGCAUCCAUGACGUCUUUACAGCUUCUGGUAAAGAAGAAUGGUUACUUUCUUCCAAUAGUGUCUGUGAUGUUCUUGAUGUUUAUCUGGAAAUCGUUUGAUGUUUGAUGAAACGGAAGGAAAAAGAUGUGGCUUCAGUCCAGCUCUGAUUCCAAAUAGUGAUUUUGACGUUACUCCAACAGUUAAGCCACUUUUCUGUGACCAGGACACCUGGAAGCCACACUCAUGCAGGCAGAGAUCUAAAUCUACGUUCACACCGCAAUGCCAUUGAAACAUCCAUAUAUAGACACGUGUGUCAGGCCUCCGCAUUCACAUGUAGCUACUCAAGUUUUUACAACUGUUUUUGGUUGUAAAACACUGUGAACGCUUGUUGCUAGCUAAACCACCUCAAACUUUGACUAAUCAGGGACUCAGAUUUGAUAGUGAAAUACGGAGCAGGUGGUGGAACUCACUAAACUGAGCGUGUAGCUGGUUUAUCUGGUGAAUCUAAACAUGAUGACAAACCUGAUGACGUCUGCAUUUGUAUUUUAAACGAAGAUAAACCAAGGCCACUUUCCUGACAUGAUGUGACAUGAUGGUAAUCCAUAUCGGCCAUUGAAAGGAUGCUAGCAAAUAACUGACCUGUUUCCGUAUUGUGUCCUGUUUGCAAGAUUCCGAAAUUUUGCACCAAGCCUUUCCCAGCUGUUGGUGGCAGACAUGCGCUAGGAAACAGUAGAAAAAGAAGCUCCAGCUUGUCCAGUGUGAAAACACGGGCUAAAAACUUGUACAAGAACGCACAUUUAGCGGUGUGCCUGGUGUGUGCGUAGCUUUAAAAUGACAGCAAAGCUCCUUCAAGCCGAGCGACCCCUGCAGACCAUGGGUGUGAAGUGUGGGCAGACUCUGUGGGGCAGCUGUGGUUAAAUGUCUGCCUUCAGACUGUCGCACCGUCAUUAUGAUGUGCUGGUAUGUGUUUCCGUGUCUGGUAGAAGCCUUCCGUUUGCUGUGUAGUUGUUACUUUUCUGUGUUCAUGUUUCUCCUCUGCAAAUGUGGGGGUGUUACUCUUCUUAAAAAAAAACACGUCACUCCACCUUGCUUUAAAAGUUUACAGCACAGAAAAUCAAUGUUGCCAGGAAGCUUUCUCCUCACCUUUCAAGCACAAGAGAAAGCCUCUGAAAGACACAAAAAUAAGCUUCACAAUGGCUGAAUCUUCUUUGAAUGCUCGCUUUGAGGUGACCACAUGUCUGGUUCUGGGUGUUCCUUUAGUUUUUGUUUGAGCUGUUUGUCAGAAUCUGUACAGUAAUGAUGUUGACAUGUGUUAUAGAUAGAAAACACACAGAUUUAAUGUAAAUAGGAACCUAGGUGUUUUGUGAAAGACUUGAAAUCCCUUUAAUUAGAUGUCUUUGAAUGUACCAUCAUCCCGGCCUUGUGUUGUGGAGGCGAGCUCGUUCCUCGUGGCCGGACCAGAACAGUCUGUCAGAUGUAAACUGCAUGUACGACGUAAAGAAGCACAGUAGCCACGGAGCAGACAGUGUUUCCAAGUGCCUGAAUACCUCUGCCGUCAUGUUUUCGGUUUGUUGGCUUCGUCUCUUUUAUUUGCAUUGCUGUUCUCGCUCUUUAGUUUUUAAGAUUUUAUUCUUGGAAGGUAGAAAAAAAAACACAUUAUUGUAAAGAGAUGUACUGAGUAAUACUGUAAUUUGCCAAUUGUUUGUGCUCACGCAGCGGGUUAGCACUAACCCUCGUGGCUGUGUUCUAAAGACAUACACAGAAUGAAAUAAAGGUGAGAUAAACCACA